CUUCUAGGGACUCUAAUAGCAAUCGAGAGUGAGUUCCAGAAGCGGGGAAUUCGAGUUCGAGUUAUAGAUUCCAGAACGGAUCGAAAGUACUGAGUACUCGGACCAUAUAUUAAUUAAAGCUGCGAAUAAAUGCAUAAAGCAAGACUGAUAAAAUUAAUACUUAGGAAAAAUAGCCAAAUUUGUUAAAAACGGACUUAGCAGAAUGUCUACACUACAGUUUUAUUGGCAGAAUGUCAGCAGAGAUACAAAAUCUGCUAACAAAAUAUAUAAUAAUAGCUUAAUUGUAAAAACCGAAUAGAGAUUGUGCCAUUUCGUAAUCAUUUAAAUGGUAUACUCCAUUCAUAUGAUUAGAAAAUGACAGGUUCUACUUAAUUUCUACUGGCAAUUUGCUGUCAGAUUACAUCAACAGACUCUGCUUGCAGUCAGCGGUCACAGUCGAUACUACUGAUACUAGUCUACCGCAAUAUUCUGCUUGAAUCUUCCGGCAAACUAUUGCAAAACUUGCUAAUGUUUUGCUUUCACUGGAAUAUUUAACCAGAAUUCAGCUUACUUUUCUAUAAAUCUCUUAAAUAAACUAAUAUCUAACACUUUCGGUAAACUUCUAGCAUACUAACGUUUUAUUCACUGGAAUAUUUAGUGAGACUUCCUCAACUUACUUUUCCACAAGUCUUUUGAAUAAACUAUAAUUAGUAUCUUACACUUUCACAAUCAGUAAUAUUUGUUCUAGCAUCUCGACACUCUGACUGUUAGCAAUCAAUACGCAACUGAGACGUGUUUCGUUUUCUUAAAAAACUUAGCAUUCAAAUAUAUUAUAGUUUUAAAGGCUUUUCGUCUAAUUAUCCAUAUAAAGCAAAGACAAAUAUGAAUGUUAAUUAAGCAAAAAACAAUGAUGUAGAUUGUAGUACAUUUCAUCGACAAGACAUGAGCAGUUGUGAGGCGUUGAUCAAACCUAUAGAGAGUUCAAUCAGAGGAAAGCUGGAAGCUGCACUGAAACCUCUUCACUGUGUCGUCAUUAAUGAGUCCUACAUGCACAACGUUCCCAAGAACUCUGAGACGCACUUUAAGGUAGUGGUUGUAUCAGAAAAAUUCGAUAAACAGCCGUUGAUUAAGCGACACCGGAUGAUAAACCAAUUGUUGCAAGCGGAACUCCAAGGAGGUGUACAUGCUCUAUCAAUUGUAGCAAAAACACCAGAACAGUGGAAAGCAAGCGAUAAAACGAUGGCUGCGAGUCCUGCUUGCAGGGGCGGUUUUGGAAAGUAAUGUCGUGUAAUGAUUUCGUGAAUUUAACGAAUAAUUAUAUAAGGAUAAUAACUUAAGUCGCGAAAAUAAUUUAUAUAACAGAAGUAUCACAUAAUAAACACAUAAUUCCGCUGCGAUUGACAUAAAUAAUAUUUCUUUUAUUAAACGAGAUCAUUAUGCAUGAAACGUCUUCUGUACACCAAACAAAAUCAGGUAAAAUAAAAAAAAACUACUUUGCAAAAUCGGAA